AUGGGAGCAGGGCUGGGAACAGGCACGGGACCAGCAGCAGGGGCGUCUGGAGGAAUGGGGAGCUUUGGAGCAGGCGGCAUGGGCAUGGGGGGCAUGGGGGGCAUGGGAACCAUGGGGGGAAUGGGGGGGAUGGGUCGCAAUAGGCUGCUGCCUCUCCCCACGCCUGCGCACCACUCGCCCUUGCACGUGUCUCGGAAGGGAGGGGGGGGACUCCGCCCCAUGCACUCCCUACCUGCUGGGAUUUCCCUGUCUGCUCUUACAGAGGGGGCGGGGGAGGGGGGAGCAGCAGCAGGUGGUGGGAUCACUGGUGGUGGGGGAGGAGGAGGCAUAGGAGGAGGAGGUGGAGGGGCAGGAGAAGCGAGAGGAGGAGGGAAGGGCGGCCGUGGGGCAGGUGGGUCGGUGGGGGGGAGAGGGGGGGAUAACAGGAGAGGGCAAGGGAAGGUGGUGGAGGAGGGAGGGGUGCUGUUUCAGCAGCAGGAGCCAAGGCAGGAGCAGGAGGGGGGGCAGGAUCAGGAUCAUUAG